CGUUAAGAAAGUAUUAUCGUACUACAUACGUAAUAACAGGUUACAAUAGUGUAGCAAUAUAUCUUUUCAGAAGAAAUUAAGUAACAAUAUGAGAUUUUAUAUUUUUAUUUCUUGUGUCGUUGUCAGUGUACUAUCCGAAAACGGUAAAUGGAUAUGGGAGAAUAACAACAAUGGACAAAGUAGAACUACCAAUAUUGGAAAUGCAAGAUAUCAAAUACACGAGAAUACCGACGAUUUGGAGAACUUCAAUACGGGUGGCCCAUUCGUGGGAUUCAGGCCAGAGAACAUAGGAUCCAGACCACAGCAGCAUUCAGGCUCUUAUGGUCAUGGAAAUAGGCCGUUCGUGACGACUUAUCCGAAUAACAACGGAGUCUUGAUAGGACCUGGUGGACCGACAGGAAUUAUUGGAAGGCCACAUCCACCGAGCGGAUCGAUCAUCGAUUACGACGAUAAUUUAGAUUCUGGACAUGUACCCUUCCAAUAUCUAAAAGGGACGCGUUAUCGCGAAUACGAUACCUGCAAAUGUAGAUACAGUUUUAACUGUCCAUCGGCUGGAUUAAAAUUCGGUGCCUGUGCGAAUGGCAAACGAUAUUGUUGUUUCAACAGUAAAAAAUAUCCAACGUUAGUAUCAGGUGAUCCACGUGACAGACAUUGAUAGUUUAACAUAACCACGUACAUACGUAACGCAUUAAUCUCGAAUUAUUCAUGACGAAAAAAUAAAUGCAACCUUUUACCAUCGCGG